AUGGAGGAUUCGUCAAAUGGGCCGUCGAGUUUCUGGACUCAGGCCAACGCUUUGCUGAGGAAGAACCUGAUCUUUCAGAAAAGAAACAUCAAGACUAAUAUCCGACUCAUUCUAUUCCCGAUCAUACUCUGUUUGUUGCUUGUUCUCAUCCAACAAUUGGUGAACAAUGAACUAGAUAGACCCUCGAACAGAUGUGGCUGCACUUGUGUAGAUACUGGGAAUGGCCAAUGUGAAAGAAGGUGUGGCGUUGAGUACUCAGAUUUGGACCAAAUCGGCUCCUGUCCCAUCCCUCAUCCCCCACAAUGGCCCCCAUUGCUACAGUUACCUGCCCUGCAGUACCGUGCAGUGAGAACGGAUGUUAUGCCAUAUGGAGACUUGCCUGAUGAGUCAUGCAGGAGAACAGGUUCCUGUCCGGUAACUAUGCUUUUUACAGGGAAUAACAGAACAUUUGGACAAAGUCUGGCUGCAAACUUGUUUUCAACACCAUUAAAUAUAAAUGCUUCAGAUGUACUGCACAGCUUAGCGGAUGAUGCCUUGGGUUCAGAAACAAUGACUCGUUAUACCAAUUUUAUUGACGAAGCUUUUUUCUCCAAUGAGAUUGAUAUUCUUCAACCUCAAUGCACAUCAAAUUCUCAAUUUGCUAUUCCCCUCCGGUUAGGUUCUGUUACAUUACAGCAAGAUGUACGUUGCAUUCAGGGACUGCGUUUAUGGCGUAAUAGUUCUUCAGAGAUAAACGAUGUGCUAUACAAUGGUUACAAUAGAGGGAAUUCAGAAAGGCGGAUUAAUGAGAUUGUAGCAGCCUAUGAUUUUAUGAAUUCAAAUGAGAAUCUAUUCAACGUUAAUGUAUGGUACAAUUCUACAUAUAAGAAUGACACAGGCAAUCUGCCUAUUGCCUUGACGCGAGUGCCUCGUUCGGUGAAUUUGGUAUCAAAUGCAUAUCUUGAAUUUCUGCUCGGUCCAGGUACAAGAAUGCUUUUCGAGUUUGUCAAAGAAAUGCCCAAACCUGAAACAAUCCCCAGGCUUGAUUUAUCUUCUCUCCUUGGGACGCUGUUCUUUACAUGGGUUAUUGUACAACUGUUCCCUGUUGUGUUAUUAUCAUUGGUUUAUGAGAAACAACACAGACUAAGAAUUAUGAUGAAAAUGCAUGGACUUGGUGAUGGACCUUAUUGGAUGAUAUCGUAUGCAUAUUUUCUUGCCAUAUCUUCGAUCUACAUGUUAUGCUUUGUGAUUUUCGGCUCACUCAUAGGUCUAAACUUCUUCCGGCUAAAUGAUUAUAGCAUCCAGUUUGUGUUUUAUUUCAUCUACAUAAACUUGCAAAUUUCUAUGGCUUUUCUUGUUGCUGAUUUGUUUUCAAACGUGAAGACUGCUACAGUUGUGGGCUAUAUCAUGGUGUUUGGAACCGGGCUUCUAGGUGGCUUCCUUUUCCAGUUUUUUCUCCAAGAUUCUUCAUUCCCAAGAGCUGGGAUAAUUGCUAUGGAGUUAUUUCCAGGAUUUUCUCUUUACCGUGGGUUAUACGAGUUUUCCCAAUACGCUUUCACUGGAAAUGAUAUGGGAACUGACGGCAUGCGAUGGACUGAUCUAAGUGAUAGUAACAAUGGAAUGAGAGAGGUCUUGAUCAUUAUGGCAUUGGAAUGGGUAGUUGUACUCUGUUUUGCAUUUUAUGUAGAUCAAGUUACGUCAUCUGGUAAAAGCCCUUUGUUUUUCCUAAAGAGGCGUAGAAAGGGACUCUCAUCAUCAUCCUUCCGUAAACCUAGCUUGCGAAGGCAGGGGUCUAAAGUUUUUGUUCAACUGGAGAAACCUGACGUUCAGCAAGAGAGGGAGAAAGUCGAACAGUUAAUACUUGAAUCAAGUACUAGUCAGGCCGUCAUAUGCGAUGAUCUCAAAAAGAUAUAUCCAGGUAGAGAUGGAAACCCUGAGAAAUUUGCAGUCAGGGGUCUUUCGCUUGCUUUGCCACAAGGGGAGUGUUUCGGCAUGCUUGGUCCAAAUGGUGCUGGAAAAACUUCGUUUAUUAAUAUGAUGAUUGGGCUUAUAAAGCCAAGCUCUGGAACUGCAUAUGUAGAAGGACUGGAUAUACGUACUGAUAUGGAUAGCAUAUAUACCAGCAUGGGUGUGUGUCCUCAGCAUGAUUUACUGUGGGAAACUUUAACUGGAAGAGAACACCUACUUUUCUAUGGAAGGCUUAAGAAUCUCAAAGGGGCUUCCCUAACACAAGCAGUAGAAGAAUCUCUGAAGAGCGUGAACUUGUUUCACGGUGGGGUGGCCGACAAACAAGCUGGUAAAUACAGUGGAGGCAUGAAGAGGAGACUUAGUGUCGCAAUUUCACUUAUUGGAGAUCCCAAGGUGGUCUACAUGGACGAGCCGAGUACUGGGCUUGAUCCGGCUUCACGAAACCUGUUGUGGAAUGUCGUGAAACGAGCAAAACAAAACAGAGCUAUAAUCCUCACCACACAUUCAAUGGAAGAAGCCGAGCAUUUAUGCGACCGUCUUGGGAUUUUCGUUGAUGGAAGCUUGCAGUGUGUUGGAAACCCCAAAGAGCUCAAGGCUAGGUACGGGGGCUCGUAUGUAUUCACGAUAACAACGUCCGCUGAUCACGAUGAGGAAGUCGAGAAUCUGGUUCGACACCUCUCACCGAGCGCCACCAAAAUCUACCAAAUCUCGGGGACCCAAAAAUUCGAGCUGGCCAAGCAAGAAGUAAGAAUUUCGGACGUUUUCCAGGCAGUCGAGAAAGCAAAGAGUCGGUUCGCGGUUCAGGCGUGGGGCUUGGCUGACACGACGUUAGAAGAUGUUUUUAUUAAGGUUGCAAGAGGGGCUCAGGCGUUCACCAGACUCUCGUGA